AUGGGAGCCAAAUUCAAAGUGCCAUCACCCAGGGUCAAAUGGCUUCUGGUUGCUAUUCUACUCGAGACUGUUGCUGCAGCAAGCCUCAGUUACAACGGCCUCGCUCAAACACCUCAAAUGGGCUGGGACACAUACAAUGCCUAUGGCUUAGCUUACAACGAGAGCACCAUCCUCACCAAUGCGGAGCGGCUCGUGUCUCUUGGAUUCCGGGACCUGGGUUACCGUGUAGUGAUAUUCGAUGAUGCGAUGAGGGAGCUCAAGCGCAGCUCCAACGGCACACUUGUUGCUAACGCGGCCAAAUUUCCCUCUGGACUUCAAAAUAUAGCAAGCCAAUUGCACGAUUACGGUCUGGAUUUUGGCGUGUACAGCUCCGCGGGUCGGUUUACCUGUGGUGGCUAUCCUGGUAGUCUAGGAUAUGAGAGCCAAGAUGCAGCAUGGUGGGCAUCCAUGGGGGCCGACUAUCUGAAAUACGAUAAUUGUUACAACGAGGGUCUGUCAGGGACGCCGAAGCUAAGUCAGGACCGAUACGCGGCUAUGUCGAAUGCCCUGAACAGCACAGGAAGGGACUUUGUAUAUUCCCUGUGCAACUGGGGAGAUGAUAAGCCUUGGGAAUGGGCAAGCACCAUUGCCAACAGCGCCCGUAUUUCGGGAGACAUCAUGGAUAGCUUCAGUAUGCCCACCACAACCUGCCCCUGCGGUCCGGACGACUACUACUGUCAGGUACCCGGUUACGGUUGCUCAGUCAUGAAUAUCCUGGGAAAGGCGUCCUUCAUCCGCAGCAAGAACCAAGCCGGGUAUUACAACGACCUCGACAUGCUGGAAGUGGGUAAUGGAGGAAUGACCUACGACGAAUACAAAGUCCAUUUUAGCAUGUGGGCCGCCAUCAAAUCCCCGCUGAUCAUGGGAAAUAAAUUGGACCAGCUGUCCCCAGAAGAUUAUGCGAUCUUGACAAAUCCAGCCGUGUUGGCGAUCAGCCAGGAUCCGAGCGUGAGCGCCGUUUCGAGAACUGUAAGACAACAAGUGGAUGACAAGGAUGAGUGGGGCCUAGGGGACGUCCAAGUCUGGCAGGGUUCCCUCACCGGAGGCGAUCAAGUGGUAGCCUUCAUCAAUGCUGGCAACAACAGCCGGACCAUAAGUUACAGCCUGGUCGAAGUCUUUGGCGGGAUUCGCACCAACGAAAACGCGCAAAGGAGCUGGGAUCUGUUCGACGUCUGGGGGAAUCAGACGGUCAUGCCAAAUGACGUGGCCGCCCGAGUCUUGAACGGGACGCUUGCCGUGGCCAAUGCGACGGGGUACUACAAUGCUAGCGAGACAAGCUGGGCGUUGGGUCUGAAUCAGAGUAAUCCGCUACUCAUGGGCACUCCAGUUGGUAGCGUGCAGGGUGGAGGGUUACUGAGUGCCGAGGUACCCAGACAUGGUAUCAUGAUGUGGCGGUUGAGGGAAGCCGGCAGGUCGCAGAAGAGAGAUGAGCUCUGA